AUGAAACCACACUUGAAGCAAUGGAGACAACGAAUGCUUUGCGGGAUCUUCGCCUGGGGGCUCCUCUUCGUGGUGAUUUUCAUUUACUUCACCGACAGCAACCCAGCUGAGCCUGCGCCCAGCUCCUUCUCCUUCCUGGAGACCAGGAGGCUCCUGCCCAUGCAGGGGAAGCAGAGAGCCAUCAUGGGUGCCAUGCAGGAGCCCUCCUUGCCUGAGAGCGUGGGUGCGAACAAGCGGCUGCUGGGCGGACGCCCGUCUGUCCCCUUCCGCGCUGGUCCAGGCGACCUGCCGCAAUGGACCCAGGUGCAGGCUGGGUUUGAAAAUGACGAAGAGUUCUUUUCAUCCCAGAUCGGGAGAAAAUCGCAAAGGGCUUUCUACCCGGAGGACGACGACUACUUCUUUGCCGCCGGGCAGCCAGGGUUGCACAGCCACACUCUGGGCACGCCGGGGGCCCUCUCCCCCGGGGACCCAGGCCGGCGGGAGGGGGCUGCACCGGCUCGCCUGGCUCAGAGAAGGCGGUCGAGGAAGCGGCAGCGGAAACCCGGCGGGAGCCCGGCGCUGGAGGACGGCGACGACGGGGACAGGCUAUACUCGUCCAUGUCCAGGGCCUUCCUCCACCGGCUCUGGAAGGGAAACGUCUCGUCCAAGAUGCUCAACCCGCGGCUGCAGAAGGCCAUGCAGGACUACCUGAGCGCCAACAAGCACGGCGUGCGCUUCCGCGGGCGGCGGGCGGCCGGGCUGAGCCGCGCGGAGCUGCUGUGUGCGCUGCGGAGCCGGGUGCGGGUGCGCACGCUGGACGGCAAGGAGGCGCCCUUCUCCGCGCUCGGUUGGCAGAAGCUGGUCCCCGCCGUGCCGCUGAGCCAGCUGCACCCGCGCGGCCUGCGGAGCUGCGCCGUGGUCAUGUCUGCCGGCGCCAUCCUCAACUCCUCCCUGGGCGAGGAGAUAGAUUCUCAUGAUGCAGUUUUGAGAUUUAACUCGGCACCUACACGUGGCUAUGAGAAAGAUGUUGGAAAUAAAACCACCGUGCGCAUCAUUAAUUCCCAGAUUCUGACCAACCCCAAUCAUCACUUCAUUGACAGUUCAUUGUAUAAAAACGUCAUUUUGGUGGCCUGGGACCCUGCUCCUUACUCUGCAAAUCUUAACCUGUGGUACAAGAAGCCAGAUUACAACCUGUUCACUCCAUAUGUUCAGCACCGGCAGAGAAACCCAAAUCAGCCAUUUUACAUUCUUCAUCCUAAAUUUAUAUGGCAGCUUUGGGACAUUAUCCAGGAGAACACCAAGGAGAAGAUUCAGCCCAACCCACCAUCUUCUGGCUUCAUUGGAAUCCUCAUCAUGAUGUCCAUGUGCAGCGAAGUGCACGUGUAUGAAUACAUCCCGUCCAUCAGGCAGACGGAGCUGUGCCACUACCACGAGCUGUACUACGACGCGGCCUGCACGCUCGGCGCGUACCACCCGCUGCUCUACGAGAAGCUGCUGGUGCAGCGGCUGAACACGGGCGCCCAGGGGGACCUGCACCGCAAGGGGAAGGUGGUCCUGCCGGGGCUCCGGGCGGUGCGCUGCCCUGCGCCCAGGCGCGUCGGUCCGCACUCUUGA